CCAACACAGACAAAAUUAUUGAUAAGGCUGUUUGAAGAUGAGGAUAUGGCUGGAACGAUUAACACCCAUCUUUUCAUCAUUGUUUUUUAUUAUUUCUGGUUUGAAGAAGACGCAUUUGGAUUGCAUGGCAGAGCUUACAGGUCUUCACAUGGAAGAGGCAUUUAAACCGCCAUGGAGAUGUGGACAAUUAACUAAUUCGAACAAAUCAACGUGGAUAUGGACCCUAUAAAGAUCAUUUUUUUUGGUUUCUUUCCCAAUCUCAUUUAGGACAACAAAUUAUGUUUAUCCAUUCAAAAAAAUUAUUCCAUACUGUACAUAUAUAUAUAGAUAUCUCAUAAAACAUCUUUGUAGCUCCUGAUGCAUGUUACACAGAAAAUAUCAUGGAAUUGCAGAGAAUAGUCCACCGUCUGAACAAUAAACGCAAAAUUUUGCUACUGGGUAUCGCUGCAAUCGCAGGUGGCAGCUAUGGAAUCUACAGGCUACACAAAUCCCCAUCAGUUGACAAAAGAAAUUACAGAUUGUUGUCCUUUCUUAGCUCCUUCACACGGAUCACAGAAGUGGCAUCUGUGUCUAUAGAAACAGUGAGUUUUCUGUCGGAUGAGAUGGAAAAUUUCGUGUCAUCUGGUGAGGUACCCAGAAGUUUAAAACAGCUCAAUAAGAUCGCUCAGUGCAGUGAAUUUAAUCAAACCCUAACGGGGGUUUCAUCUGCUAUGGCUGCAGGCAUUUUCGAGGGUUUCAAUGCAGCUAACCCUAAAACCGAUGUUGCGGAGAAGGCAGUUGACAAGCUUUUAACGGCGACUGGAACAGGUUUUAUUUCUGUUCUUGUCGGAAGUUUCGCCAGGAAUUUGGUUUUAUCACUGUUUGAAAACAUGCAAACCCUACAAACCCUGGAAUCAAAUUUUAGGCCAUCUGAGUUCGUUGAUGCGACGUUAAAUAAUGCUAAAUUCAGGGGUUUCGUUGCUGAAUGUGUUGAGGGCUUUGUGGGCACUGCCGUGGCAGUUUAUCUGGACAAGACUGUGGACAUUAAUGUGUAUGAUGAGAUCUUUUCUGCUCUUAUAAACUCUAAGCAUGAGGUUCAAAUGAGGGAUUUUUUAAUGGGUAUCUUCAAUGGGGCCGCUGAGACAUUUAUUAUGACUUUCCUUGGUAUUUUGAUGAAUGGAUCUGUGCCAUCUGAGGAUAGGAAUGUUAAAAAAAUUGCUGAAAUUGAAACCCUAGUUAGAGAAAACAAGGUUUGCAUCUCAUCAGAUUCUGUUAGUUUUCUAGAACAAACAAAAACUGAUGAUCUGAUUUCUGGGGUUUCAAAUCCUGGUUGGAUUGAGAAGGUUUCCUAUUCACUUUCAGUACCAAGCAAUAGGAAAUUGUUAGUGGAAGUUAGCAGCAGAAUAAUAUUAGAGGCUACGAGAUCUUUCUUUGAGUUUUUGCUGUGUAAAUUUUCAGAAUUCUUUACCAAAACACUUCCUGCUGCCUUCCAUGAUCUCUUACUAAGGCUUCUUCAGAUUCUGAGUUUUGUAAGUUCUAAGUCUAUGGAUUUAGCCACGGUCUGUCUUGCCAUGUUGUGGCAUGCCCUGAGUGGAACGAGAAUUUUGGAGGUUGUCACAUGGUAAAUAAUAUUUAGAGGAAAAGAGGGGCUUCUGGAAAGUCUUAGCAUGGUGCCUAAUUUUUUAAGUUGGGUGCAAAUACAUAGACAGGCAAAACCCAAAAGAGCAGUCAUUCUGGGCUCCUUUAUUGGCCUUGCCUUGCCUUACCUUCAUUCAUUCCUGUUUAUUCAUUUUUCUUAAGAAAUGUCAUGACUUAGCAACGAAGAAUAUGUAUGUCCUUUAUAUUCAGAAACCUCGGGAUAAUUUUAUUGCAUUUUUCUGGGUUGUUGUUUGUAGUAUAAGAACCUGUGGAUCUAGAUCCUUCAUUGUAUAUGGGUUGGGGUUGCCAAAUGCAUUUUUUUCAAGAAAAUGCUUUAUAUUCAGAACGCCUCAAAAUAAGUCUGUCGACUUCUAAAUGUACUGCAUUUCUAUGUUUCUAGUAUUUAAUAAUGUGAAUCUGGGUCGCUCAUUCUAUUGUAUUGGUCAGGGUUGCCAAACGCAAAUUCUUUGUAUGUAACUUCGGAAAUAGAAUGGCACUUUUGCAUUCAUUCU